AUGUUUAGCGCUAAUAAAAACUCGUAUCUUCAACUGCAGACGUCUGUAAACCCGACGCUAGUCAACAAAGCGGUGCGUCGUGCGAUGCGGAAAACUCAAUUUGAUCCUCAUGAUGAAACCCCCACUGCCCAAAGAAUGACGUCGAUGCAGCCAUCGCUGUUCGGUCCCUGUACCGACAUCACGAGGGCAACCUUGGGCUUCGAACGUCUGGGGUUACGUCACAUCAAUAGAGACAUCAACUCUGAAGACAACUUCAUCAAGCUGCGAGCUAUACAUUCUUUGCUGGAUCACGUACAAAUAUCCGAGAACGCUAUGUUCCUUGUAAGCUUGAAUACGACAAACAAGCUUAUAGAUCUGCUGCCAGACCAGGACCCCAUCGUCCGGGAGAAGGUGUGUCUCAUCCUCACGAUACUCGGCAACUACUACCAAGCCAGGGCCCGCAUCAUGGCCAAGCCAAUCGUCAUAAAUCAUCUCAUGUUUCUAUUCAUGAGAGACCGCAAAGAAAUCCGCUACGCUGCAGCGCGGUGUCUCAAAACCCUCGCCCGAUCAGAAGCAGAAACUAUUAUAAAAAACGAAAAAGUAGUCGAGAACCUCAUCAAAAUGAUUAAACACGAUCACGAAGGUAUUGUUCUGAUACAUUUGGAGACACUAACGCACUUGGCUGAAUGGAACCCUGAGAAGCCGUUGAAAGCUAACGCGUUUAAAGUAAUGCUAAAGUUGAUAUUAUAUCAAGAAGACAGGAUCACAGAGGCAGCGAUCAACUGUCUAGUGCACCUCUGCAAACACGUGGUGGGGCAGAAACUAGCGGACAAGUACGACCUGACACGGUUCCUGAUACCGUACGUAGAUUCUGACAACGUUAAUAUCAUCAUCAGCGCCCUAGGGUUGAUGGCGUAUACUACAGUAACGACAAGAGCUAAAUGGCGGGCGAAAGAGUUCAUAUACAGUCUUAGCAGACGCUUAGUAUACCUAUGCAUAGUGCACGACAUCCCAGCGCUGCAACUGCGAGCGAUGCAGGUUCUGAUCAACAUGUGCGACAGCCCUGAUGUCAGGGGAUUUAUGAAGGGUAAUUUAGUCAAAUACAUUGAAGAAGGGAUAAAGAUCCGUACUCCUGAGCAGUGGGACGGUAGCACGGAGCCGAGGAAGUACGGCCUGGACGUCUCACAUAACUACAGAACGAGGUACAUUGAUGGUACGGAGACUGUAAAGAAUGAUAAAGGAGAUUACGUUGACUCUGUCACUGUGCCCAACUAUUUACAACGCGUCAGGGAUACUAAGGAACAUUUGUUGAAAACAAUGGAUUUGAAACCUUAUGGGUCUUCUGGAUAA